AUGUCUCGUGCUCAAGCAGAAAGUGUGAUAAAAAACAUAAUUCGAGAAAUCGCCCAAGAAUGUGCCGGAAAAGGACAUGCUGUGUCUGAAACAUUAGUGGCUUUCAUGGUGGGUACCUGGCUUAAGUUAGCAACGUGGCUAGCGUUGGGUAACUAGCCGUGUAUGUGAUAAAUGUCAGUGUUUUACUUUUUCAGUUUUGUUUACAUUUUAGUCAUUUAGCAGACGCUCUUAUCCAGAGCGACUUACAGUUAGUGAGUGCAUACAUUUGUCAUACUUUACGUAGUCAAAUGUUUUUACUAUUAGGUAAAAGCUGUUGUGUUGGACCCACAAAAUCUAUUCAACGUUGAUCGGACUCUUACCAAGCAAGAUGUUAGAAAACUUGUGGAAGUAAGUGUGUAGACUCACUGCAUUUCAUUAUAACAGGCCCUGGUCUGGCUGGUAACAUGCCUGAGAUCUUUGAGCAAUGGGCUCGUCAUCCAUGUUUUUCCUUUGCAGUUGUGUGUGGACAAACUCGUGGAUCAGGGGAGCCCUGCCCUUGACACAAUCAAGAUGCAAGUCUACUUUGACAUGAAUUACACAUCUCGACGUAAGUGGGUGCUUUAAAAUGCUCAAAGAAUGCUUCUAAACAUUUGUGAUUCAUAUGGUGUACUAACUAAACCCUAGCUGCAUUGAGACGUAAGGCCAUUGUGUCACGUAACGUCUCAGGACAUGGGAUACUGGUCUUGUAUCCAUUAAUCAGUUUAGCCUCAACGGUCUUGAUUUGUGUCCCAGGUGAGUUCAUUGAGGAGCACCAGCGGGUACUACAGUCAAGGCUAGUCCCAGUGAGUCGAGAAAUCACUGACAGCCGAGUGAAAACACGUGAGGAUCUGGAGGGCCUUUACCAUAAGAUCGUCAGCUAUGUUCUGCUGUGCUCAGGCCUGGGUUCCCCAACCGACAUCACCACAGUGAGAGAGGCUACAGGUAAUCAUAAGGACUAUUUUAUUCCAAUUUGUACCACUAGUUAAGAAUCACUAUUCACAAAGAAGGGAAAGGAAAUGGUCAAUUGUAAUUACACUGUCCAUGGAAGUGAGUUUUUACAAUGUGGGAAUCCUCACAUUUUCCACCAUUGAUCAGUUUGUUCCUGUUUUGCUCACAACUGACUGUGUGUGAUGUUUUGCAGCUGCCUUACAGAGCGUCUUUCCCCAGUCAGAGCUGGGGACCUUCAUGUCCCUCAUCAAGAAGGAAAAGGAACAACAGCUCAACGACCUCAGCAUGAUUGUGACUGGCAUCCGUCUCUUCAACAAAGACAGCAGGAAAGGAGGAGAGGGCAUCGACGACUGUAAGUUCCAAAACAUCACAUUUGUGUUUUCUGAUAGACCUUGAUAACUGAAACAAUUUCUCAGAGCUCCAAAUGUGUCUUUCCAUUUUGUUCUCAAUUUCCCAUAUAGUGCCAGCAAUUCUGAAUGAAGCCAUUCCAUCCACCAGUAAAGAUAUUGAAUGGGAGCUGGAGCUUUCUCAGAGGUUGGCCUGGCAGUACACAGCCUGGCUGGAGAGGCUUCUGGACCCUGAGGUUGAGACCAGAGAAUGCAUUGUUCCCCUGGACAUGCUUAAACAGGCUCUCUAUAAUGUACGACAACAUGAAGCCUUUCUCAAAGUUAUUUUGGUGAGUUAGCUAGAAGGUGAUGGGCUUCAUGACUUAGUCUUUACAUGAAAUUGUCCCAAUGAGCAGUUCUUCAAGAGUAUUCUGUUGCAUAAUAAUUGUAUCCAUUAUUCUGAUUCAAUUCCUCACCAGGCAGAUGUCAUUCUAUGUGCAAAGCAAGUUGAAACCCUACAGACCGAACUGGCGACCCGUAUGAAGCUUUUGAGGGUCACCAUACAUUCAAAGACUGCAGUACCCACUGCACAGGUUUUUGUAAGUACAGUAUCUUGCACAUAUACAGUACCUGUCAAAUGUUUGGACACCUACUCAUUCCAGGGUUUUUCUUUAUUUUUACUAUUUUCUACAUUGUAGAAUAAUAGUGAAGACAUCAAAACUAUGAAAUAACACAUAUGGAAUCAUGUAGUAACCAAAAAAGUGUUAAACAAAUCAAAAUGUAUUUUAUAUUUGAGAUUCUUCAAAUAGCCACCCUUUGCCUUGAUGACAGCUCUGCACACCAUUGGCAUUCUCUCAACCAGCUUCACCUGGAAUGCUUUUCCAACAGUCUUGAACGAGUUCCCACAUAUGCUGAGCACUUGUUGGCUGCUUUUCCUUCACUCUGCAGUCCGACUCAUCCCAAACCAUCUCAAUUGGGUUGAGGUCGGGGGAUUGUGGAGGCCAGGUCAUCUGAUGCAGCACUCCAUCACUCUCCUUCUUGGUAAAAUAGCCCUUACACAGCCUGGAGGUGUGUUGUGUCAUUGUCCUGUUGAAAAACAAGUGAUAGUCCCACUAAGCCCAAACCAGAUGGGAUGGCGUAUCGCUGGUAGCCAUGCUGGUUAAGUGUUCCUUGAAUUCUAAAUAAAUCACAGACAGUGUCACCAGCAAAGCACCACCACACCAUAACACCACCUCCUCCAUGCUUUACGGUGGGAAAUACACAUUCUGAGAUAAUCCGUUCACCCACACCGUGUCUCACAAAGACACGGCGGUUGAAACCAAAAAUCUCAAAUUUGGACUCCAGACCAAAGGACAAAUUUCCACCGGUAUAAUGUCCAUUGCUUGUGUUUCUUGGCCCAAGCAAGUCUCUUCUUAUUAUUGGUGUACUUUAGUAGUGGUUUAUUUGCAGCAAUUCGACCACGAAGGCCUGAUUCAUACAGUCUCCUCUGAACAGUUGAUGUUGAGAUGUGUCUGUUACUUGAACUCUGUGAAGCAUUUAUUUGGGCUGCAAUUUCUGAGGCUGGUAACUCUAAUGACCUUAUCCUCUGCAGCAGAGGUAACUCUGGGUCUUCCAUUCCUGUGGCGGUCCUCAUGAGAGCCAGUUUCAUCAAAGCGCUUGAUGGUUUUUGCGACUGCACUUGAAGAAACUUUCAAAGUUCUUGAAAUGUUCCGUAUUGACUGACCUUCAUGUCUUAAAUUAAUGAUGGACUGUCGUUUCUCUUUGCUUAUUUGAGCUGUUCUUGACAUAAUAUGGACUUGUUUUUUUACCAAAUAGGGCUAUCUUCUGUAUACCACCCCUACCUUGUCACAACACAACUGAUUGGCUCAAACGCAUUAAGAAGGAAAGAAAUUCCACAAAUUAACUUUUAAGAAGGCACACCUGUUAAUUGAAAUGCAUUCCAGGUGACUACCUCAUGAAGCUGGUUGUGAAAAUGCUGUCAUCAAGGCAUGGCCAUUUGAAAAAUAUAUUGAUUUUGAUUUGUUUAACACUUUUUUGGUUACUAAAUUAGUCCAUAUGUGUUAUUUCAUAGUUUUGAUGUCUUCACUAUUAUUCUACAAUGUAAAAAUAAAGAAAAACCCUUGAAUGAGUAGGUGUGUCCAAACUUUUGACUGGUAGUGUAUAUUCAGUUAUAUUUGUGUUGUAAUGGGGGCAGUUUCCCGGACACAGAUUAAACCUCGCUACUGUUAUUUUUUACUUAUCUAUUGUUUACUUAACACUUAUUUUUCUUAAAACUGCAUUGUUGGUUAAGGGCUUGUAAGUAAGCAUUUCACCUGUUGUAUUCGGCGCAUGUGACAAAUACGAUUUGAUUUGAUUUUAAACCUAGUCCUAGACUCAAAACCUAACUCAAUGGAGAAUCUCCAUUUGAAAGAGCUUUUUAAUCCAGGACUAAGCUUAACAUGUGUCUGGAAAACGGGCCUUUAAUGUCUAAGCCUCAACUCGCAUACUAUGUAUCCUCUUCCAGCCCCAUUUCACAGCUCUGGCAAAGUUCUGGUCAGGUCUUCAAGAUGAGAUGGUGCUGUUGAGCAUCCUCGGUAACAUGAUGGAGAACCUGCAGCCCUUCCUGGCUGCUCAGUCCCAGCUCUUCCCUGAUGGUCAGUUGGAGGACAUACUGGGGUCGGAGAUCAAGAAUUACGAGCAGAGAAUGAAGGAGUCUUCAGGUAAGUACUCUGUGUGCGUUCCAAAUGGUACACUAUUUCCCAUGGGGCCUGGUCAAAAGUAGGGCACUACAUAGGGAAUAGGGUGCUAUUUGGGACAAGUCCUGUGUUUUACACCUCCACAGUCAAUCACAGUAAAGCACUGCAUUUAUUACAUCUCUAUCAUUAGCUAUUGAUUUUACAUGUUUAAUUUGAAGUAGAUCAAUUGUUUUGUUUGUUUUUCCCUUUGUCAGAAAACCGUAUUGACCCCUAUGAGAUCAAAACACAAGAGUGGCUCUUGCCUGAGACAACAGCCAACUUUGACAAAUUACCACUGCAGUACAAUGGAAUUUGUGGUUAUACACUUGUGAAGAAGGAUGGGCUUUUACUGCCAGGUAUGUGGAGUUUUGGAGGUGGCAAUUGUAUACAUUGUUACAUUGUUGUACAACUAAUGUUAAUUCCCCCCCUUAUUUUUGAAAAUAUUCACAAGAAAUGAUGUAAUAUGCCAACUUUUUUUCUUCUAACUAAACAUCCCAAUGCUGCAUGUAAAAUAUUGACCUUUUUUUCAGGCAACCCAAGCAUAGGAGUCCUGAAACAUAGGGAGAAAUACUAUGUUUUCAGCUCCAAGGAGGCAGCUUUAAGAUUUGGAUCCAAGCCAGAUGAGUACAUUGCCCAUGUGGCAGAGAAAGCAAAGCGGUCCCCUGAGCUUAUCCAGCUCCUCCAACUCCACCAACAGUUUGCCUGUGUCACUCCAUAUUCUGAGGUAUGUUCACUAACAAAAUCAUAAUUCUUACGUAGCAUCUUCAGAACUUGCAGUGAUAUUUUUACCAACAGUUCACUUAAAUUCUGUCUCUGCAGAUGCGGUCAGGGGAGAGAUUGUUGGUAAAACCCAUUACGAAGUGUGACAGCAGCACUCAGACAGACACUCAUUUGUUGGAGACCAACAUUGUGAAGUCAUACGAGUGGAAUGAGUGGGAGCUGAGGAGAAAAGCAAUCAAAUUGGUUAGUGAUUUAAUUGACUCUAUAUUGAGUGUACUGUUAUUUUAUCAGUGGUAGGUUUACCAUGGUCUUGCAUGGAUCUUUUUUUAUUGAAGAAGGUAAACUUUUAUGUCCUGCCUUUGGCAAUGGGCAUUGUUGUUUUUUCAGGCCAAUCUUCGUGGUAAAGUGACCCACUCAAUGCAGACUAAUCUAAGUCACAUGAGGAGGGAUAACGUCACCCAAACCUACCUCCCCAAAGAUGUUGCGUGUCAGAGCAAGAGGGAUGGCAAGAGUAACGUCCCCAAACCUCAGGUGUACCUGGCUGGUCUUCGAGGAGGGAAAACCAACACUACACAUAUGAUAAAAACAAACUUGACCAGAUCAGUAGAUGAUUAA